AUGUAAUUGAUGAUUGCGCGAUUCGCAGCACGUCCACAUCAUGAACAUCGACUCAUUCAAGUGUUAACAACGCGCUAGUUCAGUCUAAAGUAUAUUAAGCCAACGGACUUCGCUCAUAUUUACUGAUUUAAAUACAGGGAAUAAGGAUGAGUAAACAAGCACCACCUCCGCCUUAUUAUCAACCGAAUGCACCUGCACCUAUACCACAAGUACAUGUAAUGUCAAAUUUUGGACCUGAUCCUCAAAGAUGCGUGUGUCCAUCCUGUCACGCAGAAGUGUUAACUUCAAUGAAGACGCAGGCCACAACAAAAACUCAUCUUAUGGCUUUGCUCUUGUGCCUUUUUAUGUGUAUUCCGUGCGUUUGCGUACCGUACUGCAUGGACUCAUGCCAAAACCGAAAUCACUACUGUCCGAACUGCCAGGCGUAUUUAGGCAAAUACGAAAGUUAAAAUCGCAACCACACAUGUAAACUUUGCUUCGUAUACGUUUAUAUAUCCGCAAAAGUCUAAAGAUAUGUUUUUAAAUAAUAUAAUAAAAUUACAUUACUUUCAAUUAA